CCUGGCAACGGCUUGUUGCUAGCAACGGACCCCAGUCGGUCUGCGGGGUCAGCCUCGGAGCGUCAGGCCUCUGCCAUGAAUCCGUCGGGGCCCUUGGGCGUCCUGGACGAGAAGCAGGAGGAGCACGUGUCCACCCCGAUCCUCGGGCCCUCCAUAAACUCUGACAACCCGCAGGAGCGGAUCCAGGCCCGGCGCCUCCGCAUCGCGGCGCGCCUGGACGCCCGGCGGCGGGAAGCACUUGGAGAAUAUUUAGAUGGGAAGAAGGAGAGUGAAGAAGAUCAAAGCAAGAGCUACAAACAGAAAGAAGAAAGCAGACUAAAAUUGACGAAGCUGCUGCUCUGUGGCACGGAGCUGGUGACCAAUAUCCAGGUGGCCACAGACAUCAGGGAGAUCCACAGGCGGGUGGAGGAGGAGGACAUACAGCGGCAGAGAAUGGAAAAGCUGGAGAAUGAAGUCAAGACCAGCCAGGACAAAUUUGAUGAGAUCUCUAUGAAGUGGGAGGAGGGCAAAAAGAAGAGGAUCCCGCAGGACCUGUGGGACAUGCUCAACGCGCAGCAGGUGCACUGUGCUGGGCUGAUUGAAGAUAAGAACAAGCUCAUCAGUGAGCUGCAGCAGGAGUUAAAAACAAAGGAUGACCAGUAUGUGAAGGAUUUGAAGAAGCAGUCAGAUGACAUCUGCCUGCUUGUGGAGAGGAUGGAAGAACAAGUGAAGAUGGCCAUGAAGACCUUUCAACAGGAGCUUCAUUACAUUGAGAAAGCAUUUGAGAUGGAACGACACGAGCUCCUGAGCAGCAAUAAGAAGAAAUGGGAGUGGGCACUGCAGGCUCACAAUGCCAAGGAGCUGGAGUAUGUGAUGAACCGCAUGAAGAAAGUAGAGGAAUACGAGAAGCAGCUGAACAAGCAGCGGAUCUGGGACUGGGAAGAGUAUAACAUGAUCAAGAUCAAGCUGGAGCAGGACGUGCAGAUUCUUGAGCAACAGCUUCAGCAGAUGAAAGCAACUUAUCAGCUAAACCAAGAGAAGUUAGAGUACAACUUUCAGGUGCUGAAGAAGAGAGAUGAAGAAAGUACAGUGAUUAGAUCCCAGCAGAAGAGAAAGCUCAAUCGCCUGCACGAUAUACUCAACAAUUUGAGAUUAAAAUACGCCAAGCAGGUAAAGAUGUUUCAGGAGGAAAACUGGUCACUAACCUCAGACUAUAAACGCCUUGUGAUGCAGUUCAAGGAGCUCCAGAGAGCCAUGAGGCAUUUUGCUCUUGUUGAUGACAAGCGGUUUCGGGAAAUCUGGCUGAUGAAUGAGGAGGAGGCCAAGGGCUUGAUCCAGACAGCCUUUGAUGUCGACAGGAUCAUCCAUGUCCAGCACCUGGGGCUCCCCUGGACAGCCCCUGAUUUCUGGUUCCUGAACAAUGUGGGGCCCAUCUCUCAGCAGCAGCAGAAGACGGCCACACAGAUACUAGAGGAAGUGCUGAUGCAAACAGAAGAGGAGGGGACAGAAGAGGGUGUCUCAGAAGCAGAGUCUUACCUGGACCUGCCAAAGCAAGUUUCAGAGAAAACCACCAGAAAGCUACUGAUGCUCCUGUGUGACGAGUCGGGUUUCCUCAUAGAGAGCAAGCUGCUGAGCCUUCUCCGCCCCCUGGAGCAGAGCGAGAGCUAUCUGCUGCGGCUGGAUGCCAUUUUCUCCGCCCUUGGAAUUGAAAGUGAGGAUGACUUGUAUAAGCUGGUGAAAUUCUUUCUCAAAUACCGAGUCCAUCACUCACUGUCCACCCAGGAACAAGGAAGCCUGAUAUCAGCAGUGGAGCCACCAGAGCAGACCGACCUCAAGAGAGAGGAGGAGGAGCAGGAGCAGGCGCAGGAGGGGGAAGGGCAGGAGGCAGAGGAGGAAGAGGAGGAGGGAGAAAGCCACGUGGGAGUGGAGCCGGGAGAGCAGGAGGCGCCCCCUUCUCCCUGGCUCAUCCACCCCAACGAUGUCCUCAGGAUCCUGGAGGCCUUUGUCAUGGGUCUGAGGAAGCCCAGGGUCAGGCAGAUGCUGGUGAGGUUUUGGAAGGACGAGCGGGAUAAGUCGAAGGACUCGGAGUACUGGGAGGCCCUGGCCACGGUCAUCCCUCAGUCCACGCUGAACCUCUGGGACGCGCUGUACACCGCCUUGGAGAAGUACCACCAAGUCCUGACCCAGAGGGCCAACCUGCUGAUGGAGAACAGUUCUCUGGAGCAGCAGAACACGGAGCUCCAGAUGCUGCUGCAACAGUACCUGGAGUCCAAGAUAAACUCUGAACUGCAAGUUCCUCCAACUCAGGUGUUGCGGGUACCCACAAAAUAGAGCCAGACCUCAAAAGGCUGCUGUUUGAGGGCCGACACGGGUGUUGAUGCCAGGGCUGGCACAUAUCAGCGGGGCUGCCUGGCCGCCCUCUGCGUCUCAGAGCUGCUCUUACAGGGCCUGUCAAAAUAAGGUGACAGGCGUUCCCUGUACCCCUCAGUCAUAAUUAAAAUUUUUAAA